CUCCUACAGUAUUUGCUACAGGUGAUUUGGGAAUGUCCAAGUACUGUAUUUUUAAAGACAUUCAAUUAAUGUAUGUGUUUUCAUCUUCUUCAGACCUGGAAGUGUCUCACAGGUGCUGUGGUGUGGCUGUGUAUGUAUUAACUAGAAACCAGAGUCAGUGUUGGGAUGGGCCACCAGCACUCUGCCUCACUGGCAGAGAUGGCUGAGGGAGCAGCUGCAUGUGCCUGAUUUGUGAUCUGCUACCAUAUCACAGCUUCUCUGUGAACAGCCAGUCACUUCUGGUGUUGCAGAGCUUGGGAGGUGGAUAGCUUGAGUCUGGGGUGGUUUUAUUCUGCCCCAGCCCAAGUGCAGGCUUGAUUGUGCCUUCUCUCCUUUGCAGAGCCCCUGGUAACUGGUACAGCUGCAGUCUGCCCCUUGUCCUGCAGCUGGGCAAGGAUGCGUCAGGAUGAAACGCCACAGGCAUCUAAGCACCAGUGACAGUUCAGACAAUGAGAGUCCUUCUACUUCCUUUUCUUCUUGUUCUAAGUACAGGAGCAAGUCAAAAACACCAGCAAAUGAACAAAAGAAGCCUGCUGAGGUGUUCCGCAAGGAUCUCAUUAGUGCCAUGAAACUCCCAGAUUCUCACCAUGUCAACCCUGAUGAGUAUUACGUCUUUGCGGACACUUGGAAGCAAGAAUGGGAGAAAGGGGUUCAAGUUCCAGCCAGUCCAGAAACUAUUCCGCAGCCUUCUCUCAGGGUUGUAGCAGAAAAGGUAAAAGAAGUACUGUAUACACGACCCAGGAAAUACAUCCACUGUUCCAGCCAAGAACCCACAGAACCAGGUUACAUCAACAUUUUGGAACUAGCAGAGUCUGUGUGUCGCUAUGACUUGGAUGACAUGGACAUCUUUUGGCUCCAGGAGCUAAAUGAAGAGCUUACAGAAAUGGGAUGUGGGCUCCUGGAUGAAAACACGAUGGAGAAGACAAUUGAAGUGCUGGAGCGGCACUGUCAUGAGAACAUGAAUCACGCCAUCGAGACCGAAGAGGGGCUGGGGAUCGAAUACGACGAGGACGUCAUCUGUGAUGUGUGCCGGUCCCCGGACAGCGAGGAUGGCAAUGACAUGGUGUUCUGUGACAAGUGUAACAUUUGUGUCCAUCAGGCUUGCUAUGGAAUCUUAAAAGUACCUGAAGGGAGCUGGCUGUGUCGCACCUGUGUCCUGGGAAUACAUCCUCAGUGCCUCCUCUGUCCUAAAAGAGGAGGUGCCAUGAAAGCUACCAGGACGGGGACCAAGUGGGCACAUGUGAGCUGUGCUCUUUGGAUUCCAGAGGUUAGUAUUGCUUGCCCAGAAAGGAUGGAGCCAAUCACAAAGGUGUCUCACAUUCCACCAAGUCGAUGGGCUCUAGUGUGUAGUUUAUGCAAACUGAAAACUGGUGCUUGCAUUCAGUGCUCCGUGAAAAGCUGCAUCACUGCCUUUCAUGUCACCUGUGCCUUUGAGCAUAGCUUAGAGAUGAAGACUAUCCUGGAUGAUGGGGAUGAGGUCAAGUUCAAGUCGUACUGUCUAAAGCACAGCAAGAACAAACAGAAUUCGCUGCCUGAUGUUGAGGAGCACCCCAAGAGCGUGCCAGAGCAGAAGCAAACCGAGAGUGAGAAAACGAGCCUGCGAGCCCAAAAACUCCGAGAGCUGGAAGAAGAGUUUUACUCACUAGUAAAAGUGGAGGAUGUUGCAGCAGAGCUGGGCCUUCCUAAACUUGCUGUAGACUUUAUCUACAAUUACUGGAAAUUAAAGAGAAAAAGUAACUUUAACAAACCAUUGUUUCCUCCCAAGGAGGAUGAAGAAAAUGGCUUGGUGCAGCCAAAAGAAGAUAGCAUUCAUACUCGCAUGAGGAUGUUCAUGCAUUUAAGGCAGGACCUAGAGAGGGUAAGAAAUCUCUGCUACAUGGUAAGCAGGAGAGAGAAACUGAAGUUGUCCCACAGUAAAGUACAUGAACAGGUCUUCAACUUGCAAGUCCAACUCAUUAACCAGGAAAUUGCUGCAGGCCAUACCCUGACAAGUGCACUAGAGAACACGCUGUUCUACCCACCUCCCAGGAUCACCCUGAAGUUAAAAAUGCCCAAAUCAGCACUGGGAGACUGCAAAAAUAACUCGCUGAAGCCUGGCAACAGACCGCUUUCUCCUGACAACAACAGCACUGUUUACAGCAAACGGAGUGUGUCAAAGGAAUCAUUUGAAAUUAAAGCAAAAUCUUAUGCCAGGUAUCAGCACGACAGCAGAAGUAAUGGGCUGCUGGCAGGGAUCGGCAAGCCUCGGAGCGAGGCAAAGGACUCUGGCCCCACGCAGCUGAUGGAGUUCCACCGGGGCCAGCCUUCCGGGAAGCCUUUAGCGCUCCAGGCUGCUUUGCAUGGACAGUCUUCCAUCGGGAAUGGGCGGGUGCAGCAGGAGAACUCAAGGCUGGUGUCCAAAUCCAAUGGUCUGAUGGGCAGGGUGGGAGAUGUGAGCCAGAGAGACAGCUCCAGCCAGACGUCCUAUGAACAAGAGUCCGUGCUCACGGCUCACUUGGCCAGCCAGAGUGGGUUCCGAAAAUCCACCAUAGAACAUUUCAGCCGGUCCUUUAAAGAGGCUACCAACAGUCUGGUGAGGACCACGGAAGAUCUCCGGUGCUGUGAAAAGCCAACGAGAAGGCUUGCAACAAAAGAUCGCUUGUGGAGCAAGCAGACACUUGAAGGUGCUCCAUACCAGGACAACGAUGGGUACUGUCCUGACUUAGAGCUGAGUGACUCUGAAGCAGAAAGUGAUGAAAACAAAGAACAAGUGAGGUUAAGACGAAGUAGCUCAGAGAGAGAAAGCCCAAGUAAGGACUUUGGAAGAGACUGUCACAAUAGAAACAAAAAGAAUAUGAUAUCUCACAGUUCGGUACAAAGGUGAUUAGAAGCCCCCACGGGGUAAUUCAGCCUUUAUGUAUUCCAGUGUACCAGUGCAAAGCUCAGCAUCAAAAGGUUCCAGAAAAUAGUCUAGGACCUAUUUAGGAAGAGCUGCAGUAGGGGAUGGGGGAGGGGAGAGAAAUCAGAGUAGUUUUGUUCAACUGUGAAUUGGUUUGCAGUCUUUGCAAGGUUAGCUCAGUUGUCCACAAAGCCAUGUGGAAAUUGUGUGUUUUAUCAGAGGGUAACAUCUGGGAGAGCACAGAGUGGUUAAUCGUGCAAAAAUUCAGGAAAGCACUUCCCCUUUGCCAGCUGAAGGGCAAGGCACCGUGUUCAUGUGGAGGCAGUCUCGUGGUGGUGGACAGGUUUUGAAGAAGUCCUUGCAUUGCUCUAACGUGUUGCAAGAGACUGCAAACGGAGACACUGAAACUGCGUUGUUGUGGCACCUGCAGUAUGGCUUUGAUCCAGCAAUGCACUUACGGAUGUGUUAGGAAGUUAAGCACGUGAAAAGUCCUGCUGGUUUCCCCCGGGAACGUUUGUGCUCAGCUAUCCGAACACAUGCCGGUGUGCUCUGCUGGAUCAGGCCCAAAGUGACUACUAAGUGAUGAUCCCCUUCUGCAGGAGGCUUUGAACUGCAGUGGCGUUUGCAGGCUCCCUGCAGAGGGCGGAAGCAGGCGUCGCUGGCGCUGCCAAACUCGCUGACCUCUAGACGUGCCCCCCCUUCCCUGCUUUUGCUGAAGGUUGUGUUUCUCUUCACAAUAAUUCGCUUAUUUUGUAAAUAUACAACUUCUAGUACUUCAGUUUUUUUUAAUCUCUGUACAUAGAUGCUUGUUGUGGGAUGCACUUGUAAAUAUUUUACCCAGCUAACAAGUACAGAUGGCUAAUUUUGUGGAUAGUGUUUACAAAAGUAGAUGUACUACUUCAAAGAAAAAGGCUAUUUGACACUUACACUUAGGCAAUCACCGGUGAUGCCAGGUUCCUCUUGAAACUGAGAUUUCAUAUCCAGAGGUGUUUUUUACCUGGUAUUUUUAAAGUCAGCAGAAUUAGAAAUAAUUUUAGCUGAAUUUUUUUUUCAGGUGCAAAUUUUCAACCCUAGUUGCCUGAACACAGCAUAGGAGUCUUCUGGCAUCUAGGUCUGUAAAAUUUUAGCCAGUCAUCAUUAAGAGUAUGAUGGUUUAAUUAAAGAUUUUAUUUUUUUUUUUAAUUCCUAAAAAUCUACUAUUUUAUUACGCUGCUUUUCAACCUCUGGAUCAGUUGCUGUUUCCCAGUCUUAACACAUUUUUUGUAUGUCCUUUAAAAUCAGCAGUUGUUAAAUAGCAAUUAAAUUUCAGCCAGUACCAACUGAGGAGUUGCGAAGGGAAGUGAAUUAAUCCCUUUCUGUUUGUUUCAAAGACAGGGGGCUUUUGUUUGAAUGCAAACUAACUUCUUGUUUUACAGAUGGUGUUGUGUUGAUCAACAAAGCUACUGCACUAUUUUUGUCUGAAAUGCUGUACAUUUCAUAAACACACAACAUCCUCUGUCCCCACAUCACCGGCUGAAACGACCCACAGGUUGUGUAGGGCACGUUGUACAGCUCUGUUGAAAGUUCAGUUUUGUGUACAAACAAAAAGGUGUUCCCCCCACAGCAUGAAGAUGACUAUGCAGGAUCUGAACAGCAACUUGGUUUCGCUUCAUAGUUUUUAUUUAUUGCUUUUAGGUUGGGAAAUGGCAAUGACAUUUUCAGAUUUGUUUUAAACUUUGAAAUCUCCCUAGUUGCAAUAGGACUAGCAGGUCAGGGGCUGGAGGACUCUUAAGUAGUGAAAUAAUUUUUAAAAAAGUAUACUUGGCCAAUCUGCUCUGUUUGCUUCAUGCAUCUUAAUUUUUUUUAAAUUUUUUUUUUUACUUCUUGAUUUUAUGUAUAUUUGUGUAAUUGAUCUUUCUAAAGCUGUAUCUUCAAAAUUAUUUCUUUUGGUGUAAAUAUGCAGUAGCAAUUUAGGUUUCCACAUAUUUUAUUUUUAUGGGAAAUGCUUUGUGUUCUAAGCCAUGGGUCAUUCAGAAUAAGUAAACAAAUGUCUGUUCAUUUGUAUUCUGGUUCUGAUUCUCUUAGUUCUCCUUCAAUAUUUAUUAGUAAUCCUCUCUCACUGGCCAUGAAAUUUUAUUAAGCUUUUAUUGGGAACACUUAUCUGGGAGGUCAGCAAAGUGUUCAUGUUAUUUUGUGGCUGGAAGCAUAUGACAGAAGAGAGGGAAAAUGGUGCUUCAGCAAAACUCAGCGUUUCUGCUCUUCUGGGGUUAUCAAUUCAGUUGUUUCCAGUCUGGGCAAUGGUUUUGCUAAUUUUUACAUGAUUUUAAUAGACAUAUGAAGGAGCCCUUGGUUCUGUAGUUCUCAAGUAUUGUCCCCAAAGUGCAUUUGCUAGUUUUUAUUGUGCGUUCGGUGGCUAACUGUUUGAAGUAUUACCUCUUAACCUUAUUUGUCAAUUUUUUGUUGUGUUUUUGCAUUUUGUUUUAUAUAUAUAAAUAUAUAUAUAUUCAAUUUUCCAAGAUGGACUCGGUCUUUUUCAGAUGUCCCCUUUUUACAAGUACUUUUUCAUUAAAUUAUGAAACUGCU